GCCAGACAUAUAAAUCAUUAUACAUAUCUGUUGAGCUUCACACAUCUCACCGUUGCAGACCAGACAACACACUUUCUCUCAGAUGUUCUGACUUUCACAACAAGUUCAUCGAUUUGAAAACUGGAUAUACAUUUAACUGACUGCCGGGCCUGAGGAGGGUCAUGGAUCCUAUCGUGGAAGUAGUGGCCUUCGUUCUGGGGUUCGCCGGUUGGGUGAUGGUGGGGGUCGCCCUGCCAAACCGGUACUGGAGGACCUCCACCGUCGACGGGAGCGUCAUCACCACCUCCACCAUCUAUGAAAACCUGUGGAUGUCCUGUGCCACGGAUUCAACUGGGGUUCAUAACUGCAGGGAGUUCCCAUCGCUGCUUGCCUUGAGCGGUUACAUCCAGGCGUCUCGUGCCUUGAUGAUCACAUCUAUAGUGUGUGGCACCUUCGGACUGGUGGCGACCCUCAUAGGAAUGCAGUGUUCAAAAGCAGGAGGAGAAAACUAUGUUCUCAAAGGGAGGAUUGCAGGCACUGGUGGAGUCCUUUUUAUGCUUCAAGGUUUAUGUACUAUGGUGUCAGUGUCCUGGUACGCCUUCAAUAUCACUCAGGAUUUCUUCGACCCUUUCUAUCCUGGGAUAAGGUAUGAAAUAGGAGAAGGACUUUACAUCGGCUGGUGCUCAGCUGUUCUCGCCAUCGCUGGAGGAGUCUGUCUCACCUGCUCCUGCAAACUGGGCUCAGGGGAGAAAUACCCUAUCCCUUAUCAAACCAGAGGAACUGUAUAUUCUGGAGCUGCACCCACCAGAAGCGUGGCUGCCAGUACUUAUGGACGAAAUGCUUACGUCUGAGCAGGAUCUGAAAGCAGAACUUUGCAAAUGGGGACUUUUUCAACACCUCAACUUUAUAACGUGAUCAGUUUUUACACUUCAGACAACUGUGGAAGCACAAACGGUGCAUCAGACGUUCACAGAUGGAUGUAACUCCACACCGCUGCAUUGUAUGUACCCACAAUAUCAAGUGUGUAAAACAAUAGCAUUGAAAUAACAGCACUGAUAUUGUAAACUUUGUACAAAGCUACACUGCUCAUCGCUGCACAAACAUACAUUAUGCUUUCAAUGAUACUGCAUUUACAGUCACUCACUUUAAAGAUAUUCAAUCAUUUAAUGAUCUGCAUGAUGGUGCAGAGACAUUUGUUUUGUUUUGUACAGUUUGUAGGUAGUUUCUGUGAGAGAGGGCGGAUUACAGGUUAUCUUUGUUUUUGUGCUAGUUCGUCUUUUUUUGUUUCGUUUUUCUACGAUUGCACACAAUGAAAGGUUUUAUGCGAAACAUUUCAGCUUUGUAAACUGUGGCCAAAAUAGUUGUGAUUGUGCGCUUUUUUUUUUUUUUAAAGAAAUAAAAGUCUUUUUACAAACAAUGGCAAAGGUUGUUAUUAUAUUAUGGUGAUAUGUAUAUUGUUACUUAUUUGAGUAAAAUAUUUCAUAGAAAAACAACAGAAAAAUGAAAAACUUAAAGAAAAACAAUGAGUCUGGAGAAUUACAAGGUUUGGAAACACCAGCAUAUUAUUCAGAGUAAUGAGAGGUCACAAAGGUUAUGUUUUGUCAAAAUUACAAUAUUAUUUUUAUUUAAAUUUGCUACAAAUUUAGAGUUUUAUCUUGUUGCAUCUAUAAAACAUACAUAGGCAGGUGACAAAUUUAAGUAAAACCUUAACCAAUGAGACGAUAGAUUCACUGAAUAAAAAAGCUUUGCAGUUAACUAGACAGAAAUAGUCCAGAAUUACUCAAAGAUGGUCAAAAAUUAGUUGAAAAAUGUCCAAAAUGAUUUUUUAAAAAAAUUUCAAAAAUUGGUUCAAAAUUUUUGGGGUCAUUUUUUUUCAAGUUUUUGUCAUUUUGGACAAAAAUGAGCAAUUUAGGAGACAUUUCUGAUCAUUUUGGUGAGUUUGGGGAUAUUCUGAACAUCUUUUAACUUGUUUUGCACAUUUUUUGAAUGAUUCUGGACAAGUUUAGGGGAAAAAGUGCAUUCUGGGUCAACUUUAAGGCUCAUAUCAGCAUGUGUGGUAGGUGGUUGGGCAGAACAAUUAAAGAUGAUGAAAGGAUCAUUUUACACACAUUUUGAUUGUUCAGUGUAACAGAAACUUUUUCAAAAUGGUUCAAAAGUCAUCCUAAAUUACUUAAAUCAUACUCGAGGUUGAGUCAGAACCACUGUUCCCUCUAAGCUUCGCGCGUGCGCAAUUGCGCACUGCUGACACGGUCUCCGCGCACAGAAAAUCUGCGCUGCGCACAAAAAAAAAAAAAAAUCCAACCUAAAUUGUAAAUAAAAUAAACACGUAACAAUUCAUUCUGUGCUAUUUUUCAGUGUGAGUCAGUGAGUGACCGGUGACUGGCUGCUGCAGCCAAUGAUGCGAUUCACAUACGUAUUUACCAUAGACUGUAUAUAAUGGUAUUUACGCAGCUAAUCAACGUCAGGCGUCCUUAUGUGCAGCCAUCGUUGUUGUCAUAGAUAUGAAUGAGUAGAUAGGACACGCCCCUUUGAGCUGCGUGCUACAGCGAGGCUAAGCUAGUGGGGGAAAAGUUUCAGUGCAUUCCGUUGAUGUAGACGGCGUGAAAACGAAAACAACAAGUAUGCCGGCUCACUGUGCUGCAUACAAUUACACACUGCGUCGUACGAUUGAGACAAGGAAACUUGGAAUGACUUUUCAUAGGUUUCCCAGAGACUAUGGGUUGAGGAGGAAUUGGAAGUUUGUCGGCUUAGACCUGGUGUCAUUCCAUCAGUGUUAAACUUCCCGGCUCAUCUUGGAAGAGUACGUGCCAGAAAGACCACGACCAAGCAGCCUUGAGAUCUUAGGCAGCGUCUCCCUGAGGUCCCUCUCUAUCUCCCCACACAUCCACCAACCACUGGAACACAUCUCCAAAGUUCUGCUGGACCAGCUCAGCUUCUCCUCAGAAGAAGUGCUGCCACCUGCCAGAUGAAGGAGCCUUUUGAGAGGCAGCUGGCAUCGUGAUUGGACUGUACUUUGGUCUGUUCCAAUCCAGCAUCAGCUCCAGAGACGGCAGGUGGGACGAGUCAACGGAGGCCGGGUGGACGAAGGCAUGAAGCUGAGUACAAUCCAGAAAACAACAGAGGAGGAGUGCAGCAGCCCAGAGCCAGAACAACCAGAGUAGCAUCAUAUGUCUCUUAGAAAACAUCAUAGUAUAGCCUUUGGUAUGAAAAAACACCAUCAUAUACAUCGUAUAUUGUACAAAUAAGUCAAAGGAAAGAGACAUACAUUGUAGAAUUGUAGUAAUUGUGGGCUGACUGAUUUACUGAUUAUCAGUAUUUUAUUUUUUACUGAUUUACGGUAAUAAAUACAUUUAAAAAUGGU